UAGUUCUUUGAUUCCUAGUUUAUGAGUAGCAAUUUUCCACUGUGCUUUAGAAGCUGACAACUCUUCUUUCUUUGUAGGGACAUCUCUGCUCUCUUUCUCUCUUUCUCUCUUUUUCACUGUGUGUGUGCCAUGGCAACUGAAAGCUUCAACAAACCUCCAUCAUACCCUGAGAUGAUAUAUGAAGCCAUUGAAGCACUAAAUCAAGAAGGGGGUUCAAACAAGUCAGCAAUAUCAACUUACAUUGAAUCAAAAUAUGGAGAUCUGGGUAAAGAUCAUUCAGAGUUUCUAACUUUACAUUUGGACAACAUGAAGCAAACUGGAGAGCUCAUUUUCCUCAAGAACAAUUACAUGAAACCUGGUACAGAUGUUCCUCAGAAAAGGGGUAGAGGCAGACCACCAAAGCCAAAAGUUUCUUUGCCACCUGGUGUAGAAUCUGCAGAAAUUGCAUCACCAAGGCCAAGAGGACGACCAAGAAAAGAUCCCAAUGCACCACCUACUUCAAAAAAGCCAAAGCCAACACCUGCCCCCAAUGCUUCUGGGAAGCCUAGGGGUAGGCCUAGGAAAGUUAGGCCACAGCCUGCACAAGAUGAUGAUGAUGUAGAGGAAAGCUGAAAAAAAAUUGGAGGCUUAUUGUUGGACUAGAUCUGUUGAUGGUGAUGACUCUAGUUAUGACUUAGUUGUCUUAUUUUUCUCUUUGUUUGGUAUUACUAUCGCUUUGUUGUCGUGUGACUAGGGGUUGGGGAUUCAAAGUGGUGCAACUGAUGUGGUUUGGCUCUUUUGAUGUGGUUUGGCUCUUUCUCGAACCUGAUUGCGACCAGUGGACUGAUGUGGUACUGAGGUGGUCUGGCUCUUUCUCAAAUCCUGCGUAUAGUGGUAGCUUAUUGUAAGCUUAGUGUAGCAGCCCUUUUAUUAGUAGGAUCUCCUCUUGGUUAAUACCUCUACUUGUAGUGGAUUAUGACUUGUGUAGUUCUAGUAGGAUUGUGUAUGUGCUUAGCUCUUUGUUCAAGAUUCACUGAAGGGAGAUCUGUAAUCCUAGUAAUCCUUGUUACUAUGUGUAAUUGCUGUACUUUUCACUCUGCUAUCUAUAUGUUAAAAUUAGAAUGCAUCAUUUUGAAA